CCCUCCUCCCUCUCUAGGUGUAGCUGUGUUGAGGAUGCAGAGCCCCCCUGUCAACAGUCUGAGUCUGGACUUCCUCACUGAGUUCUGUAUCAAUCUGGAGAAACUAGAGAUGGAUAAGAGUUGUAGAGGUCUGAUCAUCACCUCGACCCUCUCCAAGGUGUUCUCUGCGGGGCUAGACAUCAUGGAGAUGUAUGGGAAAAGUCCGGAGCGCUGUGGAGAGUUCUGGAAGGCUGUUCAGGAGAUGUGGCUCAAAGUCUACGGAUCCAACAUGGCCACCAUAGCUGCCAUCAACGGCUCUAGUCCAGCAGGUGGCUGUCUCAUGUCUAUUGGAUGUGACUACAGGAUCAUGGCUGAUAAUCCUCGCUACAGCAUCGGACUCAACGAGACUCAGCUCGGCAUUGUAGCUCCCUUCUGGUUUAAAGACACGCUGGUGAACACGGUUGGUAACCGGCAGCAGGAGGCUUCGUUGGAGCUGGGUCUGUUGUACAGCGCUCCUGAUGCCCUGAAGAUCGGCCUGGUGGACCAGUUAGUCCCUGAGGACCAGGUCCUCUCCACUGCACAGGACACCAUGUCCAAGUGGCUCGCUGUACCAGACCAUGCCAGACAGAUCACCAAGUCCAUGAUGAGGAAACAGACCAUAGACAAGCUGCUGUCCAACAGGGAAGCUGACAUCACCAACUUUGUGAGCUUCAUCACUAAAGACUCCAUCCAGAGGUCCCUCCGCAUGUACCUGGAGAUGCUCAAGAGUAGAAAGGCCUAGUCUGGGGCCCGAACGGCUCCCCCAUUCCCUGUAUAGUGCACUACCCCUAUAGGUCCUGGUCUAAAGUAGUGCCCUCAGUCCUAUAGACCCUGGUCUAAAGUAGUGCCCUCAGUCCUAUAGGUCCUGGUCUAAAGUUGUGCCCUUACCCCUAUAGGCUCUGGUCUAAAGUAGUGCCCUUACCCUAUAGGCCCUGGUCUAAAGUAGUGCCCUCAGUCCUAUAGACUCUGGUCUAAAGUUGUGCCCUUAGUCCUAUAGACCCUGGUCUAAAGUAGUGCCCUCAGUCCUAUAGGUCCUGGUCUAAAGUUGUGCCCUUACCCCUAUAGGCUCUGGUCUAAAGUAGUGCCCUUACCCCUAUAGGCCCUGGUCUAAAGUAGUGCCCUCAGUCCUAUAGACUCUGGUCUAAAGUUGUGCCCUUAGUCCUAUAGGUCCUGGUCUACAGUAGUGCCCUCAGUCCUAUAGACCCUGGUCUAAAGUAGUGCUCUUAGUCCUAUAGGCCCUGGUCUAAAGUAGUGCUCUUAGCCCUAUAGACCCUGGUCUAAAGUAGUGCCCUCAGUCCUAUAGGCCCUGGUCAAAAGUAGUGCCCUCAGUCGUAUAGGCCCUGGUCAAAAGUAGUGCCCUCAGUCCUAUAGGGCCUGGUCAAAAGUAGUGCCCUCAGUCCUAUAGGCCCUGGUCAAAAGUAGUGCCCUCAGUCCUAUAGGCCCUGGUCAAAAGUAGUGCCCUCAGUCCUAUAGGUCCUGGUCAAAAGUAGUGCACUAUAUAGGGAAUAGGGUGCCAGUUGACACACUACCCUGUCAUAUAUAUAUAUAUAUGUAUGUGUGUAUAUAUAUAUAUAUAUAUAUAUAUAUAUAUAUAUUAGGGCAUUUUGUCAGCUGUAUUUCAUUCUCUUUCUGUCUGCAACCUUCAUGAAACGACAUGGGGUGUGUUUAUUAGUGCAGACCGUAGCGAAACAUAGUGCAACAGAAAACGAAAACAACCGUUUUGUUAUUGGACAAAAUCAGGUAGUUCACUCCCGUUCUGGCUCGU